CUUCAUCCCAUACAUCUUGUUCAUCAUUACAUGCGGAAUCCCCUUAUUCUUUCUUGAGACUGCCUUAGGACAAUACACCACCCAGGGGAGCAUCACAUGCUGGAGGAGGAUUUGUCCGCUUUUCCAAGGCAUGGGAUAUGCUAGUCAUUUAAUCAUCGCAUUCAGUGCCACAUCCUAUAUCAUCAUCAUGGCAUGGGCGUUCUUUUACCUUUUCUCAUCCUUCAGUGCGGAGCUGCCGUGGUCCACAUGUGGACACGACUGGAACACAGAGUCAUGUGUGGACUUCAGCCAAUCAAAUCUGAACCUCAGCAUGAUAUCCAGAGUGAAUACCACUCUCCCUGUUGUGGAGUUCUGGCAGCGCCGGGUUUUGAAAAUCUCUAGUGGUAUUGAGGAUGUCGGCAGUUUAAGAUGGGAACUGGUCUUGUGUCUCAUCCUGACCUGGGUUAUCUGCUACUUUUGCAUUUGGAAGGGCAUCAAGUCAACAGGAAAGGCAGCUUACUUCACAGCCACCUUUCCCUAUGUUAUGCUGCUGGUUUUGCUCAUACGUGGUGUUACCCUACCAGGGGCAAUUGACGGCAUUAUUUACUACCUCUACCCUGAUAUCGCCCGCCUUUCAGAUCCCCAGGUGUGGAUGGAUGCUGGCACUCAGAUCUUCUUCUCCUAUGCUAUCAGCCUUGGAUUCCUAACAUCUCUUGGGAGUUACAACACUUACAACAAUGACUGUUACAAGGACUGCUUCUACUUGUGUUUGCUGAACAGUGCCACCAGUAUUGUGGCAGGCUUCGCCAUUUUCUCUGUAUUGGGUUACAUGACCAUAGAACAAGGAGUGGAUAUUUCUGAAGUGGCCGAAUCAGGUCCAGGGUUGGCAUUCAUCGUCUACCCACGUGCUGUAGCCAUGAUGCCCAUGCCUCAGGUGUGGUCGGUGUGCUUUUUCAUCAUGAUCAUUCUACUUGGAUUGGACAGUCAGUUUGUCGGCCUGGAGUGUCUGAUGACAUCACUGACUGAUUUGUUCCCCAUCUUGCGCAAAGGCUUUAGACGUGAGCUGCUUCUGCUGGCUAUCUGCUGUACCUGCUGUUUGUUGGGACUCUCCCUGGUCACUGAGGGAGGGAUGUACCUGCUUCAACUCCUGGACCAUCAUGUCUGCAGUGGCACCACCUUGCUCCUCCUCUCCCUUCUCCAGUCUGUCAGUAUUGGCUGGGUGUACGGUGCGGACCGUUUCUAUGGCAACAUCACACACAUGAUCGGUUAUCGUCCAUUCCCAUGGAUGAAGUACUGCUGGCUCUACAUCACUCCCUCUGUCUGUUUUGGCACCUUCAUCUUCUCCAUCGUCAAAUAUUCCCCUCUGAAGUUCAGUAACAGUUAUGUCUAUCCACUCUGGGCGAACAUCCUGGGCUGGUUUAUUGCCACUGUCUCCCUCUCCCUCAUCCCACUGUUCAUGCUGUAUAAAAUACUGCAUGAAAAAGGCACUCUUCGACAGCGAAUCCAAUUGCUCUGCCAGCCUGUGGUCCUCCCCUCGGAUCGAAAAUGUCUUCCUGCACAAAUGGCUACCUGCACAGAGCUCAAACCUUUAUCCGAGAAUGGGGAACCCACUCAGUGAAGCUGUUCAUCAUGUGUAAUGUUUUAUUGUAGCAUCAUUCCAAAACAUGUCUCUGUGGUUGGCUUCUUGCUGCCAGGCUACUUUGACCUAACCUUGUCCAAAGAAAUUUGACAAAUUUUUAUUUUUAAGUAUGAAAGGGGGAAUACAUUUUAAAUAUGUAUUAUAAUCUUGGUGUAAAACAACAUUUCAGGUUAAGCAGCCUGGUAUAACUGUAACUUUUUAAGGAUAUGAUUGGUGGUGGACAAAGUAAACAGCUCUAUUACUUUAGUCAAGGUAUAGACACUUGAAUGUAUGUUUUUUAACAAUCCAGUUUUUUUUGUAACUUGAUCAAAAAUGUUGAUAAAUAUAUAUUGUGUAGUGCUGCAGUAUAUCUGUAUCUAGAUAUCACAAGUGGAAUGUAUGCACCCUAUUUAGUGCUAAUUACAUCUUUAUAUAACCUUAAUAUACCUCUUAAAAGAUCAAUAAGUGCCUAAAAUAGUUUAAAUUAUACUGGACUGUAACUGUAAGUCCUUGCAUCAAUAUAAUAACCACUUAGAGUGGACUAUCAGUAAAGAACACAUAUUUUUCAUCAUCAAUCACACAAGUCUGUUCACGGUUUCCAGAUUUUCAGGGAGACUUUUUUCUCAUUAGCAUGUUAAUAUUGAAAGCCUUUGCAUGUAGCAGCUAUCUUAACCAAUGGUGGAAUGUAGAGUGAAGUGGCAGGACAGGACAGAGUUCACAAACAUGGUUUCUCCUAUAAACCUUUGGAAUAUUAUAUACAGCUGAAAAAAAGGAAGCAGGAGAAGUAGAACUGAUGAGCAAAUAUACUCGUAUCCUGUUUGUACUGAUCACACAGGGUCGAUACAGCAUGGAGGCUUAAUUUUGUGUAUUUCCAUCUUGAAUUUGUAAUAAAGUCUAACAUUAA